AUGCCCAAGGCAGAAGUUGGCUCAACCAAGCACUUGAGCAACAAGCUCAAAUCAAAAGGACUUCAGCGCCUGAGAUGGUACUGCCAGGUCUGCGAAAAGCAGUGUCGCGAUGCCAAUGGAUUCAAGAUGCACACACAGUCCGAAAGCCACGUGCGACAAAUGCUCGUCGUCGGCGAGGAUCCGAAAAAGUUCAUCAACCAGUACAGCGACGAGUUCCUCAAAGACUUUCUGUCGCUGUUGAAGACGGCUCAUGGAGAGAAGCAAGUCCAGAUCAACCAGUUCUACCAGGAAUACAUCGCCAACAAGGAACACAUCCAUAUGAACGCGACGAAAUGGCCGUCAUUGACCGAAUUCGCUAAAUACCUGGGGAAAGAAGGUCUUUGCCGGGUGGAAGAGACGGAAAAGGGUCUUCAUAUUAGCUGGAUUGACAACUCGCCUGACGCUCUUCGACGACAAGAGGCGCUGCGGAGGAAAGAGGCCCAGGAUCAAGGCGAUGAAGAAAUCGAACAGCGUAUGAUUCGAGAACAGAUCAAACGAGCCCAACAGAGCGCCGGGAAACGCGAUGCAGAAGGCGAAGAGGAGUCAGAAGACAGGGAACUCAAAAGACAAGAUGGCGAGAAAAUAAAAUUGUCGUUUGGCGCGAAGCCCAAGCCGGAGCAGGAGCUCAAAUCUACAGAGGAGAACCCUGAAGCAUCAAAAGAUGCCGAAAAGAAAGAAGGGCCAGAUGCCGCCGCGUCAAAGGAGGAACCAAAACCAGCCGCGAAUAAAGGGGGCUUUGCCGGGGUGUCUCUGAAGUUUGGCGAAAAGCCACAGACGAAGAACGUCUUUGCCCAGGCAAAGAAGAACGCGUUGGCUUCAGGGUCGAAGAAGGGCUCCGUACUACAACAGCCCAAGAAGAUGAGCGAGGCUGAGAGGAUCAUGAAAGAAGAGUUGGAGAGGAAGAGACCUAGCGGCUCGGUCGGGUUUGGGAUGCCUGGGGGUAAGAAACAGAGAAAUCAUUGA